AUGUCUUCGUCAAGGUGCCACUCAAUGCGUGUCCGUUAUGAACAGCACUACACACCAAUGGAUACAAGAGAGGUGACACUGCAUCGAGUCGUCAAUAUUGUGGAAAGAACAACUCCCAUCCAUUCUUCAGCUGACUAUGACAGACGAUAUGACGAUGACCAGUGGUUUGAGGAUUUCCCAAUCUAUCCUGGCGAAAAUUGUCCCAGGGACUCCGAAUACCCACCAGAUCGAUUCUAUAAUGACUCUGAGUAUGGCACAGGUUUCCGCGGAAAUUCCCCACCCCACCAUCAGGAGCCACACUAUCAACGUCCACGGUAUGGCAGAGACGAUUUGAGGCAUCAGAUACGUUCAAGGAAAAAUGGUCGACCUGGUCCAUAUUCCAAUAGCAGGGGUCGAGGUUACUCUCAAAAUCGAGAGGACCAUAAUCAAUUCAGGCACUCAUCGAACGUAAAAAAUGAGUGGGAGCGCUCAUCUGGGAAAAAGAAAAGCGUGCCACCUGCCAAAAAGAACGCCUCUCCAGAGUUGGACAAAGACUCUUCACACGCGCAGAGUAAGCCUGUUGAUGAUUCGACCCCACCUCCAAGUGUGCCUGCAGAGGACCCUCCAAAGACAUCUACAUUAAUAAAGGAGAAACCCUCUGAUGCUGUCGUGGUGGUGGAAGAUGAGAAAGAGGAGGAGGCAGCAGAAGCCCCUGCUUUCAUGGAGCCCGAUACAAUCCAAGAAGAAGAAUUAAGGGUGCGACGGUCAGAAGCCAUCAAAGCCAAGGCUCUGGAAAUUGAGAAGCAUUACAGACAGGAUUGCGAGACAUUCGUCACGGUGGUGAAAAUGUUGGUGUCCAAGGAACCCACUUUGGAGAAUCUUCUUCAAAAUGCUUUAAAUGCAAACCUGUCAGAGAUGAAGCAGGACUGCUUGGCUUCAUUCAAACACUAUAUCAAAGAACUCAAUGAGGUGUUAUUGGAAGAUAGUUCCACUUAA